GGGCGGUUACCGCGCCCAGGCUGGCUCCGCUUCCCGAUGGCUGCGGGGAGCUGAGCGGGGACCAAGCGCGCGAGGAGGAGCCGAGAGCCAGGCCCCCCCACGAGCCGCCGCCGCCGCCUCCUCGGGAUCGACCAGACGCAGCGCGGGUGGCUCCCCCAGCCCGGUGGGGACACAGCUGGAGUGGGCAGGGGCCGCGGGCGGCGGACACAGCGGCCCCGUUAAUGAGCAGCGGCCGGAGGGGCAGAUUUCUGAUUGUCUCAGAGGUGGCAGUGAAGCCCACCUUUAGCACAGGAAGAUGAGUGAACUUGACCAGUUACGCCAGGAGGCUGAGCAACUGAAAAAUCAAAUCAGAGAUGCCAGAAAAGCAUGUGCAGAUGCCACUCUGGCCCAGAUCACAGCCAACAUUGAUCCAGUGGGUCGAAUUCAGAUGCGUACUAGAAGAACACUGAGGGGGCACUUGGCUAAAAUUUAUGCAAUGCACUGGGGGACUGAUUCCAGGCUUCUAGUUAGUGCCUCCCAGGAUGGCAAACUUAUCAUCUGGGAUAGCUACACCACAAACAAGGUCCAUGCCAUUCCCCUGCGUUCAUCUUGGGUGAUGACCUGUGCAUAUGCCCCCUCUGGAAACUAUGUGGCCUGCGGUGGUCUUGAUAACAUCUGUUCCAUUUACAACCUGAAAACUCGUGAAGGAAAUGUACGUGUCAGCCGUGAGCUGGCUGGUCAUACAGGUUACUUGUCGUGCUGCCGUUUCCUGGAUGAUAAUCAAAUUGUUACGAGCUCUGGAGACACCACUUGCGCCCUUUGGGAUAUUGAAACUGGCCAGCAGACGACCACAUUUACUGGACACACCGGGGAUGUCAUGAGUUUGUCCCUGGCUCCUGAUGCCAGGUGUUUUGUUUCUGGUGCCUGUGAUGCCUCUGCCAAACUGUGGGAUGUUAGAGAAGGAAUGUGUCGGCAAACAUUCACUGGCCACGAGUCAGACAUCAAUGCCAUCUGUUUCUUCCCAAAUGGCAAUGCGUUUGCCACAGGCUCAGAUGAUGCCACAUGCAGGCUCUUUGAUCUUCGUGCUGACCAGGAGCUUAUGGUUUAUUCACAUGACAACAUUAUCUGCGGCAUCACCUCUGUAGCAUUCUCCAAAAGCGGACGUCUCCUCUUAGCUGGUUAUGAUGACUUUAAUUGCAAUGUCUGGGACACGCUGAAAGCUGACAGAGCAGGUGUCCUUGCUGGCCACGAUAACCGUGUCAGUUGCUUAGGUGUGACUGACGAUGGUAUGGCAGUAGCAACAGGAUCAUGGGAUAGCUUCCUCAAGAUCUGGAACUGAAGUCUACAAGCGACGGACUCCGCCGUGACUGGAAGACAUUUCCAGCAGUUGAAAACUAAAAUGAUAGCAUAUCCAAUCCAACCAUACUAACUUGGACCCCCAUUCUCCUCAAAACUUCAAAGGGCAAGAUCUUUUACCGUCUCCUAUUGCUGAAAUGAAGAGCACAAUUACUUUUCAAAGAAGAAUUUCUGUAGUUGUAAGCAAAUGAAAUUGUGCAUUCCUUUUGGGACCAUUUUUUGUCUUGAGAAUUUAAAAAAGAAACACUAUCAUAAAAGCAUGACCAGAAAGUAAACUUGAGCAUAAUUGUGAAACAAACUUAACUUCACUGUAGUUUUCAAAUUAAAGUUGAGAACUUUGUUUUAUCUCACCGUUUCAAAUUUUCAAGUCACAUUUGUAGAAGGAUUUAAUUUUUUUUUCACAUUUCCUUUUUAAAUACAUUUCUUUAUGGUCAAUAACUGAGUAAAACAAGGGAGUCCUAGCCCAUUGUGUCUGGGGUUGUUAAUGCUGUAAAUUUAGUCCCUACUUUUUUUUAUUUUUGUCUAGUUUCACAAAUAAUUGUUGCACAAAACAUGGCAUCUAUAGAAUAAUGUUAAUGUUAAGAAGUAAGGUAACCAAGCACAUGCUGUACAUGGUAUUGAAUGCUUGUUUAAAAAUCCUUUCACCUUUUAUGGGUAACAAAUGCAAAUCCUCAAUUCCUACCCACCCACCCACCCCCAAACCCACUGAUUAAAAAUUUUUUUUUUCUUUGUCCCCACUUGGAAGGACAGUUUAUAUACCCUAACACUACCCCAUAGUCUCAACAACCAGGAAUCUCUGUUUUUCAAAAGAGACCUGUCCUGCACUUGGGUAUUA